AUGGAACCUCGAGAAGUCGCGACUCCGGACAACCAUGGACCAAUUGUCAACGUCGUCAAUUGGAUGCUCUUGGUCACCAUGGUUUUGGCCGUGGGAACCCGCUUCGGCAUGAAGUUGCUCACCACAUUCAAAGUUCGGAGCGAUGACUUUGCCAUUGUGGCUGCACUGAUACUUAGUAUCGGCGAAACGGCUGCAGUGUCCAUACAAGCUGACCAUGGCCUUGGAAAAUCUAUUUCUAAAAUCUCGGAUUCAGAUCUACGAACCUACCAAAUUGCUCAAUACUGCGAUCAAAUUUUGUUCGUUGCAAACGUCGGCUUUGCAAGAGCAGCUGUCAUCUUGUUGUUGCGGAGCAUCACUCCAGAUCAGCGGCAGAGAAAAUUGUCUCUAGGACUUGGUGUUCUCAACAUUAUCUGGCAGAUUACCUCUAUGCUUGCGUUUGCAUUUAGCUGCCACCUUCCUCGUCCGUGGCAAUACAUUGGCGAUAAUAAAUGCAUUAACCGUCUUGCGCUUGCAAACUACAUUUGUGUAUGCGGCAUAGUGUUAGAUGUGGCGCUGGUUUCCAUCCCAGUCAUGGUGAUUAGGAAUGUGCAGAUGCCGAAGAAAAGAAAGAUAAAAAUUGUCUGCUGCUUUAGCUCAAGAAUCUUUGUUGUGCCCGCAAUUGUCAUGCAACUCGUAUACAUCAACAAAGAUCAGCCAACACAGGAUCCCUCGCUUCACGACUGGCCGGUGUCGAUUUGUUCGCAAGUAGUCCAGAGUCUCGGGAUCGUAUUCGCAUGCAUUCCAUACCUCAAGCCGUUCUUCUCGAGUCUGGAGUCUGGCCUCGUUCGAACUGAUCACCACCCCUUGACUGCCUUUAAUACCCUGUACGCGCAAGAUCCAGACAAGACAUUGCAGUCCUCGCAAGCCUCGGUCCGGGCCAAGUCGACAGGAAAGUCAACCAGGAACAGCACCACGAAGAACAGCAGCCGCAACAGCGGGAGAAGCAGCUUCGCACUCUCGCCUUUUCACAAGAAGAAGGCCUUGGAUAGCUCCGCGAUUAUUUUUCAGGCCCAUACCGAGAGUCGUGCUGAAGCCGGUGAGCGAAGAAGCUCGUGGGACAACGCAAGCACAUCAAGCCGUGCAAGAAUCAUAAGACAGACGCAAACUUGGAAGGUGGAGAGUAUGGUUUCUAAUGAGACGGAUCGGACGGCACACAAUGAGACUGUGUCCAACCCGACUUCUCCGAAGUCACUCCAUUGCUAA